AUGUCACCUCCAAAGUCUGCCUUCGAGUUCCUAGACUUUGUCAAUGCGUCGCCGACUCCUUACCAUGCCGUUGCCAGCGCCGUCUCGCUCCUCGAGGCCGCCGGCUUCACCAGCAUCAAAGAGCGCGACAGUUGGGCCUCGACCGUCAAGCCUGGAGGCAAAUACUACCUGACACGCAACGGCUCAUCAGUGGUCGCAUUCGCCGUUGGCGGUCGAUGGCAGCCCGGCAAUCCGAUCGGUAUGAUCGGUGCCCACACCGACUCGCCGUGCCUGCGCGUUAAGCCCGUCAGUAAGCGGACAGCCAACGGCUUUCUGCAGGUCGGCGUCGAGACAUACGGCGGCGGUAUCUGGCACAGCUGGUUCGACAGGGACCUGAGCGUUGCCGGCCGCGUGCUGGUGCGGGAGGGGCAGGGAGAUGAUCGAAACUUUGUGCAGAAGCUCGUCAAGGUAGACAAGCCGAUCCUGAGGAUCCCACAUCUUGCCAUCCACCUACACCGCGAGUCCAACUUCAACCCCAACAAAGAGGAUGAGCUCUUGCCGAUCGCGGGUUUGGCCGAAACCGAGCUAAACAAGACGUCCGACGAAGCUGAAGCGACUCCGGCCGAGGGUGAUUUCCAACCCCUGAAAGCCAUGCCCGAGCGGCACCACCCAGCCUUCCUCUCCCUCGUUGCUGAACAAGCCGGUGUCGAUGUCUCCCAGGUGAUCGAUUUUGAGUUGGUCCUCUAUGACACGCAAAAGGCCUGCCUCGGAGGCCUCAACGACGAGUUCAUCUUCUCGGCGCGCCUCGACAACCUUAACAUGACCUUCUGUAGCAUCAAAGGGUUGAUAGAAUCCGUGCAGUCCCCAAGCUCCACCUUGCCCUCCGACCCAUCCAUCCGUCUAGUCGCCUGCUUCGACCAUGAAGAGAUCGGGUCCCUCUCGGCGCACGGCGCCGACUCUAACUUAUUGCCCGCCGUCCUUCGGCGCCUGUCAGUCCUGCCAGGCUCCCCACCCCAAGAGACCUCUCAGAAACCGACUUCGACCACGACGACGACUGCCACGGCAGCAACAACAACAACAACAACAGCCCCGGAAAGCGACACUUCCACGGCGUUCGAGCAGACCCUCGCAACCUCGUUCCUCGUCUCUGCCGACAUGGCCCACUCGGUCCACCCCAACUACGCCUCCAAGUACGAGCGCAACCACCAACCGGCCAUGAACAAGGGGACCGUCAUCAAGAUCAACGCCAACCAGCGCUACGCCACCAACUCGCCGGGCAUCGUCCUGGUGCAGGAGGUCGCCCGCCGCGCCGGCGUCCCGCUGCAGCUCUUCGUCGUCAAGAACGACUCGCCCUGCGGCAGCACAAUUGGCCCCAUGCUCUCGGCGAAACUGGGUGUUAGGACCCUGGAUUUGGGCAACCCCCAGCUGGGGAUGCACAGUAUCAGGGAGACAGGUGGGAGCAGGGAUAUUGAGUAUGCUGUGAGGCUGUUUGAGGCGUUUUUGGGCAGUUUUGGGGAGUUGGAGAGGAGGGUUUUGGUUGAUUAG